ACUUCGUAAUCUACCUGAGGAGCGUCAGGCAGCCCUUCCCGAAGAAGGAAGGAAGGAAGGCGGGACUGAGUCCGAGAUGACCCAACGCGCUUCCCAACCUUGCCCCCUCUGCCGGUAGACUAGGGAGGGACGUACGACAAGCAAACUAAAUCGGUAGAAGGGGAAGACUUCUGAACCGGAAAGACUCCUCCGGAGAGGAUGACGGAAGGAACUUCACCCCUUUGGGCGCUGAGAAGCCCCGCCCUCCCUUUGCCCCCACCUCCCGCCUCCAGAUAGUUCCGCCUCCAGUUGCCCCACCCCCGAAGGCUGCUGACAAUCGACCAAUUGGGCUGCAAGGAGUCUUACUACACCCCCAUCUUGAUUUUUAUUGGCCAAUUCAGAGACACCGCCCCUCUCAGGAUCGGGCUCGGAUUGACUAAGUCUCUGGGUCUGGUGGGGACAGCGGCCCUGACCCAGAGACCCUGCAAAAGAGGCUCUAGAGUGGGAGCUUUGAGGCUCGUGGAGUUCUCUGAAGAUUGCUCGAAAGCCUCGGACCUGGGGACAUGGGGACACCCCUUGGGGCUGCGGCUCUUCUGGUGGCAGAGAGAAGCCCAUGGUGGCAUGUGCGGGGCCUGCUGCUGCCAGGGCGAUGGAUUUGGAAACAAAGAACUAUGAGACAUUCAUCAACUGGAAGAAACAACAUUACCAAGGUCCUUAUUGCAAAUAGAGGAGAAAUCGCCUGCAGAGUGAUACAAACAGCAAGAAAAAUGGGUGUGCAGUCAGUGGCUGUCUACAGUGAGGCCGACCGGAACUCCGCACAUGUGGAUAUGGCAGAUGAAGCAUACUUCAUUGGCCCAGCUGCCUCACAGCAGAGUUACCUUUCCAUGGAAAAAAUCAUUCAAGUGGCCAAGACCUCAGCAUCACAGGCUAUUCAUCCAGGGUAUGGCUUCCUCUCAGAAAACACUGAGUUUGCAGAAUUGUGUAAACAAGAGAGAAUCAUUUUCAUAGGGCCCCCUUCUUCUGCUAUCAGAGAUAUGGGAAUUAAGAGCACAUCCAAGGCAAUCAUGUCUGCUGCUGGGGUUCCUGUUAUUGAAGGUUACCACGGGGAAGAUCAAUCAGACCAGUGCCUAAAGGAACAUGCCAGAAAAAUCGGUUAUCCAAUCAUGAUUAAAGCAGUUCGUGGCGGAGGUGGAAAAGGCAUGAGGAUAGCUAGGUCAGAAGAAGAAUUUCAAGAACAAUUAGAAUCAGCAAGGAGAGAAGCCAAGAAGUCUUUCAAUGAUGAUGCUAUGCUGAUAGAGAAAUUUGUGGACACCCCAAGGCAUGUAGAAGUUCAGGUGUUUGGUGACCAGCAUGGCAAUGCUGUGUAUUUGUUUGAAAGAGACUGCAGUGUACAGAGAAGGCACCAGAAAAUCAUCGAAGAGGCCCCAGCGCCUGGAAUUGAUCUUGAAGUAAGAAGGAAGCUUGGAGAAGCUGCUGUGAGAGCCGCAAAAGCUGUCAAUUAUGUGGGCGCAGGAACUGUGGAGUUUAUCAUGGACCCAAAUCACAAUUUCUAUUUUAUGGAGAUGAACACAAGGUUGCAGGUGGAGCACCCCGUCACCGAGAUGAUCACUGGAACUGACUUGGUGGAGUGGCAGCUUCGGAUUGCUGCAGGAGAGAAGAUCCCUUUGAGCCAGGAAGAAAUAAGACUGAAUGGCCAUGCCUUUGAAGCACGAAUAUAUGCAGAAGAUCCUCAAAAUAAUUUUAUGCCUGGGGCAGGACCACUUGUGCACUUGUCUACACCACCCUCAGGACCUAGUCUUCGGAUUGAAACUGGAGUAAGGCAAGGUGAUGAAGUUUCCGUGCACUAUGACCCCAUGAUUGCCAAACUUGUCGUCUGGGCUGCUGACCGCCAAGCCGCUUUGAAGAAGCUUCGGUACAGCCUUCACCAGUACAACAUCGUAGGAUUGAACACCAACAUCGACUUCUUACUGACUCUUUCCAGCCACCCCGAGUUUGAAGCUGGCAACGUGCACACAGACUUCAUCCCACAACACCACCAGGACUUGUUCCCCCCUCCGAGUGCCACUGCCAAAGAAGUUCUAUGUCAAGCAGCUUUGGCUCUCCUCCUCCAGGAGAAAGCUGUGACGGAUGCUUUCAGGGUUCAGACAAAGGAUCAGUUCUCGCCUUUUGCAUCCAGUAGUGGCAGAAGAUUAAACUUCUCUUACACUAGAGACGUGACUCUCAAAGAUGGGCAAAACAAUGUGGCCAUCGCUGUACAGUACAACCGGGAUGGCUCCUACCGCAUGCAGGUUGAAGAUAAAACUUUUGAAGUCUUUGGUGACCUUUGUAAGGAAGGAGACUCCACAUACCUGAAAUGUUCUGUUAAUGGAAUUGUUAGUAAACCUAAGUUGAUUAUCUUGGACAACACCAUUCACUUGUUUUCCAUGGAAGGCAGUGCUCGGAUUGGCAUCCCAGUGCCCAAAUAUUUGUCAGUGGCAAGUUCAGAAGGAGCACAGACGAGUACCCUUGCACCCAUGACUGGGACAAUUGAGAAGAUCUUUGUGAAAGCCGGAGACAGAGUGAAGACUGGAGACACCCUGAUGGUUAUGAUAGCUAUGAAGAUGGAGCACGCCAUCAGGUCCCCGAAGGACGGCACGAUAAAGAACGUCCUCUUCCGAGAAGGUUCUCAGGCCAACAGACACGCUUCACUAAUCGAGUUUGUAGAAGAAGAACCGGGAGAAUCCGAAUCCAAAUGAGCCCAGCCGGGAGGCCCGUCCCUACAUGAUCUCGGGCUUGUGCGCCGGACCCCCGAGCCUCCGGGCGCCGGCUCAGCGGCCGGCCUGCUCACUCGCCGUCCCGCUUCUGUUGUGCUUUAGACGCUCUCUUCACUCGCUCUACACUCAAUAAACCGCAUCUGUGUAACCAGAGGGGCGGCAGCUUCGCGCGUUUCAUCCCGUAGACUUUCAAGGGAGGGAGGCAGGCCAGAACGGUGGGAAGAAGCGCCGUCCUCGAGCCGCGGCGCUUCGACUGCCGUCGCUUGUGAUUUCUGUUGAAAUGUCCCUCUCUAUGGUGCGGCCCCCAGACCUGCCGCCUUUCCCUUACUCGCGGCCCCUUCUUACCCUUGGACGGAUUUGGAUCCUGCCCGGCCAGCCGCAAACUUGCCAGCUCCCCGCUCGCUGCCCACAAUUUUUCCAUUUUACAAUCUGUUUUAUUUUGGAGUAUUUCAGAACAGAAAAAUGGUCACCUCGUGUCUCGUCUGAGAAUUGUCUGAUCAGUGACCCAUUCCAGGGGCGUAUAUUUUAGAAAGAGGAGUCUGGGAAAUGUACUAGAUCAGGAGGCAGGCCUAGUCCAGACGGCCACUGAAAUCAUCUUCAGGGGCAGCUGGGUGGCGCAGGGGGUAGAGAGCCAGGCCAGAGACAGGAGGUCCUACGUUCAAUGCUGGCCUCAGACACUAACCAGCUGGGUGACCCUGGGCAAGUCGCUUAAUCCCCACCGCCUAGCCCUUACCACUCUGUUGCCUUGGAACGGAUUCCGCCUAAUAUCAAUUCUAAGACAGAAAAUAAGGUCAGGUUUUUUUUAAGUGAAUUAAUUUCUCUAAGUCUCAGGUUAUUUAGCACUAAACUAAAAAGAGAUUUAUUCAUGAUUUCUUUUUUAAAUUUUUAUGUAUUUAUUCUUUAACUAUUUUUCCAUGUUUAAAUGCAAUAUGUUUAUUUUCUUUCCCUCCCCCUCCCAGAGCCAACAAGCAAUUCCAUUACAAAUGUUAUCCCUUGAUAACCUAUUUCCACAUUAUUGUGCUAUAGAGCAUAGAUUAAUGAUUUCUAAUGGACCUCCCAGUACUAAUUUUCUUUCCUUUUUGUCCUUUGCAUCUUUAUAAAUGACAUCAUUCUGUCUGUUUUGUUAGCCAACAUGAACUUUCUUUUUAACCUGACUCCUGUCCAUUUUACCCAUCUCAUUCGCUGUAUCUGUUCUUCAGUGACUUUCUAAGAAGCUUACUGAGUUCGGGGGUGAAGGAAAUGGUAAGCUAUUAAAUGUUCUAAAUAGCCUUUGUGUUGUGGUUCAGUUCACCAUCUUAAAAGAAAAUGAUGGCCGACAAAAUUUUCAAGUGGAAAAAGAGAAAUGCUUCUAUUUAAAGGACAAAACGUGACAGCUUUGUAAAGAAGGAAAAACAUCACCUGUCUUCAUGAAUGAGUUUAGACAAGGCCACAUCCCAUCUCACGCGUAUACCACAACAUUUUGUCCUGAUCCGGGAAAAAACAAAAUUUUAAUGACAAUUUUGUGGUGCCAAAAGUACUAGUUUGACAUUUUUCCUCCAGCACCUAUUUCUCAAAUGUUCCCCUCACCCACACUAAGUGAUCCAGACACCUGCAUCCAUCAGAACAUCACCUCGUGCCUUUCCACUCGCCCAAGGGAGACACAUUGAAGACAGAAUCCCCAUCUUUUUUUUCCUUCUUUUUUUUUUAAUUUUUAUUUGGUCAUUUCCAAACAUUAUUCAUUGGAAACAAAGAUCAUUUUCUUUUCUUCAGAAUCCCCAUCUUUUUUUUCCUUAUCUUUUUUUUUAUUUUAAUUUGGUCAUUUCCAAACAUUAUUCAUUGGAAACAAAGAUCAUUUUCUUUUCUUCAGAAUCCCCAUCUUUAAGAAGCACAUAGCCAUCCAAUCAAUAGACUCGGACCCAGGGAUGUCCUCACACGCCAUACCCUCUACCCUGUGCCAAUGGCAUGAUUCCAGGCAGGAUUUGAGGAACAUGAUUAUUAGAAUUCCCGGAGUCAGGAAGGCCUGGCACUCUCCCACCUGGAGAAUUAUUAUAAUCAGAAUGCUGUCUGAUCAUGGUUUUCUGGAUGAUGAACUAGAGCAGGAAGAAACUAGAGUCGAGGAGACAAGUUAGAAAACCAACUCAGAGGUGAUGAGGGUCCGGAAUGGUGUGCUGCCAAUAAACAUGGAAAGAGGACAACCGUGGUUGGAAUUCUCCCUUUCUUCUUUGCUCUGUCUGACUUUAAAGUGCUACUAUUAGUAGUUAUUUCACGAGAUGUUUAUGCCAUACAUAUCAUGUAUUUGAUAUAGGCUAUAUAUUUAUAAAACGUUUUGCAAACCUUAAAGCAUGUAGGUCUCAAAGUAUUAUCUCUGGAUCCCUGGGGUUCCCCAAAAGCCUUUCAAAGAGUCCAUGAGGUCAAAACUAUCUUCAUAGUAAUAGUAAAAUGUUAUUCGCCUGUGAAACUAUUUUCCCUUUUCUAACCACAUAUCUGUAUGACGUCAGAUUUUCUUCAUAGACUUCAACCAAAGCAACAUGUCACAAAAGACUGAAUGCAGAAGCAGAUAGGAAAGUCCAACUAUCUUAUAUUAAACCAGAUAUCAAAGAGAUUUGCAAAAACAAAAAAAAAAAGGGCAAAACAUUAACAGUCUUCAAACUAAAUUUUUAGUUUUGUUCUGGAAAUUGCUAUUUUCAUAAAAAUGUUAUUUAUGUUGACAUGUAAUGGGUUUAUUAUUGGUAUUGUACUUUAAAAUGAAUAAAUAUUUGUAAAUUGUUACCAGUUUUAAAAUCAAAUACAGUAAAUUUCAAUAAAUAUAAUCCACAUAAAGAAAA